AUGACUGACGGACGGACUGACAGUGCCUCGGAGUCCCUGUCCCGAAGGAGACCCAAUUUCUCCACGCGGGCGGCUGAAGAAGACGUUUCUAGGCUGGAUCCGAGCGAAUCUGCCAAUGCAUCCCCCGAGGAAAGUAGCAAGUUCCUCCACGGGAGGAUGACUUCCUCCUCUCAUUUGCAAGAGCCUUCGCAAUUCCACCGCUCAUUUCAAUCCCAACAGAACGUCAUAGAUAAUGUUGCUCGUUGGUGGAGUGGGCGGGAGUGUGACGGAAAGCAUGAGCUUUCUAGGGAGAGAAUCGAUUUCAAUCGCUCACCCCCCGGGCCCUUCAGAGAGGGUCAGAAGGAGAGAGAUGGCCAGAAAGACCGUACGCUUGACAAUCCUGAUAAGCUUGGAACGUUCUCUGGCGUCUUUGUGCCGACUACCUUGAACGUUCUCAGUAUCCUGAUGUUCCUUCGCUUUGGCUUCAUCCUAGGUCAAGCCGGUUUAUUAGGAAUGUUAGGUUUACUGGUCGCUUCGUACACGAUCAAUCUCGUAACGACUAUGUCUCUAUCCGCUAUUGCAACCAACGGAACAGUUCGGGGAGGUGGAGCAUACUAUCUUAUAUCUCGAUCACUAGGUCCUGAGUUUGGUGGGUCUAUAGGGAUAGUGUUCUACCUGGGAUAUGUGUUGAAUACCGGUAUGAAUGCCGUCGGUCUUGUUGACUGUUUCACACAGAACUUCGGGUCUGAGUCUGGUACCUGGGGCAAUUUCCUUAGAGAAGGCUUCUGGUGGCAAUACCUCUGGGGAACUGUCAUCCUCAUCAUGUGUACCGCGAUAUGCUUAGCGGGAAGUUCUAUAUUCUCCAGAGCUAGCAACGGGUUGCUUAUCAUUCUCCUCAUUGCGACUUUCAGCAUACCAGUCUCUGCCGUAUUCAUGAAGCCAUUCAGCAUCCCAAAGGUUGGGGUAGAAUUCACAGGAUUGCGGCUUCAGACGCUGCUAGAAAAUCUCAAACCAAAGCUUACCAAAGGCGCUGCUGGCAGCCAAAUACGUGGACGGGAGAACUUCCAGGACCUAUUCGGGAUCCUGUUCCCUGCUACUGGUGGUAUAUUCGCCGGCGCGAGCAUGUCUGGUGACCUUAAGAACCCCAGCAGAUCGAUUCCAAAGGGAACUUUGUGUGGUCUAGUCUUGACAUUCAUCACCUAUGCUAUCGUAAUUCUCGCCAUGGCUGCUUCGAUCACCCGGGAAUCGUUCUACAAGAAUGCCAACGUUGUUCAAGUGGCAAACCUUUCUGGGUCAGUUAUACUUAUGGGAGAAUUCGCGACAAGCUUUUUUUCUGCGCUUAUGGGAGUUAUUGGCUCAGCAAAGCUGCUCCAAGCGGUUGCGCGAGACGGCUUGCUUCCUGGCCUAAGUUUCUUUGGCAAGGGUACCAGGAAGACCGAUGAGCCCGUGAACGCAAUCAUCUUCACUUACAUGGUUGCACAGCUCACCAUGCUUUUUGACAUCAACCAAAUUGCAUCCUUCGUUACGAUGACUUAUUUAAUGACCUUUCUGGUGACGAACCUGGCCUGUUUCCUCCUAAAGAUCGGGUCUGCCCCCAACUUUCGCCCGUCUUUCCACUACUUCAACUGGAAAACCGCAGCGACCGGCACCUUGGUAUGCGGCGCAAGCAUGUUCUUCGUCGACGGGAUCUAUGCCACAGGCUGCGUGGGCGUACUGAUGAUGCUAUUCCUGCUAAUUCACUACACCUCGCCUCCUAAGUCCUGGGGUGAUGUCAGCCAGAGUCUGAUCUACCAUCAAGUGCGAAAAUAUCUGCUUCGGCUCCGCCAGGAGCAUGUAAAGUUCUGGCGACCCCAGAUACUACUGUUUGUCAACGAUCUCAGCGAACAGUCUAAGAUGAUCUCGUUUUGUAACUCGCUGAAGAAAGGAGGGUUGUUUGUGCUGGGCCAUGUGCUCGUAACAGAUGACUUCACCACCGCUGUGCCAGAGGCACGGCGUCAGCAGACUGCAUGGACCAAGUUCGUAGAGAGCUCCCGAGUGAAGGCCUUUGUCAACAUUACGGUCUCUCCUACCGCCGAAUGGGGUGUCCGCAAUGUCACACUAAGUGCUGGCCUGGGAGGUAUGAGGCCGAACAUAGUUGUCAUUGAUCAAUUCCGCGAAGGCAAAUCGUUGGUUGAGAGGCCAUCUCUUUCGAGUCGGAGAGAAUCGGGUGGAAGACGUAUAUCUCGCGAACUGGUGCCUGUGAUAGCGGAAGAUGGCUCGCAGGAGCUACCAAUGUCAACCAAGACAUAUGUGACCAUCCUAGAGGAUUUGCUCUUCAAGCUGCGGAUGAAUGUUGCUGUGGCCAAGGGAUUUGAGGAUCUGGAGCUUCCUGGACCACACGGACAGCACAGAAAGAAGUACAUUGACCUCUGGCCGAUUCAGAUGAGCGCAGAGCUCGGUGCAGACAGUGAGAGCAAGAAGAAUGUUUUGACCACGAACUUUGACACCUACACCCUCAUCUUACAGUUAGGGUGUAUCCUAAACACUGUACCGUCGUGGAAAAAGACGUACAAGCUCCGAGUGGCUGUUUUCGUUGAGUAUGAAACCGACGUCGAGGACGAGAGAGGAAGGGUCGAAGCGCUUCUUGAGAAGCUAAGGAUAGAGGCCGAGGUUUUGGUUUUCUGGCUGGCAUGCGGCGACCUUAAAACCUACCGUAUCAUCGUCAACGGCGACAUAUCGCCGGAGACCGAGGAUGCCGAACCUCGAGUCCAUGAAGCUUUACGGAACGAAGAAUGGUGGCAGGAUAUCCAGAAGUCUAGGAGUGAGCAUGAAGCUCAACAGCAAGCUGAACUGGGUGCUAUCCGAAGGGCAGAUGAGCGGGUGCCUAGUUGGCCCAUGCAAAGCCCCGAAAGUGUACAUAAGCCACUACAACCCCUGGCUGGUGGGCUGAGGAGAUUGGUAGAGUCCUCCAAGCGCCGGCGAUCCAUUUCGAGCUUCAGAGGGCUGGGAAGUGUAAGCCUAGGCAUGCAAACCCAUCGCUUGCUCGAUGCUUUUGUCGACUACGACAGCAGCGAGAGCAGCACAGGUGAGAGCAGUGACGAAGGAGAGUUUCCGCCUUACCUGGAUGAGGAGGAUGUGGACGAAGAAAACGGCCAGGAUGCCGAACACAGGAUCCAGGGUCCUCAAUCAGAACCGGAAGGAUCUUCUAAGGCGAAACAGAAGGUUAUCGAAGAGGUUGCGCCGGACCAGGCAGUUCCGUCAAUUAUCAUGACGUGUGACGAUGGGACAUCCCCGAAGACCCAGUCAAGUCCAUCCCGGCCAAAAUUCACCCGUUCGCCGUCCAGCAGCCGCUUCAGCUCAUCACCAAUUCCUGAAGCUCGUGUCAACGCAGAGGAGGGCGCGGGCCCUUCAAUCAUGUUCGCCCCUAGUGCAUCUCCUCCACGCACAUCUAACCGGGUUGAGUCCAUCUACACACGACGCUCAUCUUCAGGGCCGUCUGUCCUCAAAACUGCGUCUGGAUAUCCGCGACAGGCAUCAGUCCCCUUAUCAUUCAAUGAUCUCCCUAGUCGGGCGCAACACCUGAUCUUGAAUGAACUGAUGAACAAGCACAGUGGUGAUACAGCUGUUCUAUUCACAACAUUACCCUCGCCGUCCGAAGGGACUGCACAGAGCGAGGCAGCAAGUGCCUCGUACCUGAGUGACUUGACGGUCUUCUGGCAAGGUCUGCCGCCAUGUCUGCUGGUUCAUAGCAACAGCAUGACAGUGACGAUGAAUCUCUAG